CACACACGCAACGUAACCAGCUUCGAAAUGUCAGAUGUGGUCUCAGUUAUUUAUGUUAAAUCAGUUAAAAUAACAAAUUAAUUAAUUCAUUAAUUAAAUUUUGAUUAAUGUAAUUAAUUUACUUCAUUUUUUAUAUAAAUCUUAAAUUUUUAAAAAUGUCUGGCUGGGUUGGCUUCACUGAUGAAGACUUGAAACGUCUGAAAAAAUGUCCAGAUGAUGAUCAGGAAGUUCUAGGAAAAAGGUCAUUGCAAAAGAAACUAGCCACAAAAACCAACAAUCCCAUGGCACCUGGACAUCCGCCAUCAUCAUUUUCCCCAACUGUCAAUCAGCUGAAUAAUACAAGCAAUGCUAGAACAACAUCCACAAAAAAUUUUCAUUUUGAAGACAUCAAUGACAGUGCAAAACUAAGCACUGGAAGAAAACUCUUAAGAGAAAGUGAAAGUGAAACUGCUGAUGGGAAAAAUGUUCAAAAAUCCCAUGAAAAUCCCAAACAACCACAACAAAAAAAAACUAACCCAGAUAGCAAAGAAUUAGCAAAUAAUUCAAAACAAUCUGAAUCACAAAACAAAGAAUAUGACAACGUCAUCAUAUCUCAGGUUAAAAAACAAACCAUAGAUAAUAUUAACAACAACAAAAUUUUAGUCAAUCAGGAAAAAACCAAUAAUAAUAAUAAUAAUAACAAUAAAGUUAAUAAUGAUGAUAAUGUUAUUUAUGAUGAUGACAAAUUGCCUCAAGUUAUUCUGGAUGAAAAUACAAUUGUUGAGAGAGGAAAAGAAAAUUUAGGAAAAUUUCGAGAGCAGCAGAAACAAAUUGAAGAGAUGAACAAGAGGAAGAAAGCCAUGCUCUGCAGUGCCAUAUACGAAAAGCAGAAGCGAACGAAGGCAGAAGCGAUGAAACUGUCGAAGAUCAAAGCAGAACUGGACCAACUCGAUCAGAUGGUCGUCUCUGAUGUUUCUAUGAUUCGAGAUCGAAUCGAGGAGGCCAGUAGGAACUAUUUAGCCGCACAACGUAGAUACAAAGCGGCGGAAAAAGAGUUUAUCGAUUCAAAAGUGGAUCUACAUAACAAGUGCGAGUUGAAGGAGCGACUGACGGAACACCUCUACGCUGUCAUCCAUCGCAACGAGCAGAGGAAAGCAGACAAGUUGCAGGAGCUGUUGAGCAAGUUGGAGCUGGAAGUGGAGGGAGACGAUGAGGAUGUUGCUGCUACUGCUGCUGCUGCGAAUUCGGCAAGCCCUAUAAUCCUCCCACCACCCUCAUCUCAACUGGACCAACCGAACAUUCAACAGUUUCGGCAGAAAGUUCUCGAAGGAAUGACAGCCCCGGCUCACUCAGGCGUCGACUGUGCCACUGCUACAACUUCAGCCGCUAUUGUAGCCUCUACUCUUGCUACCACAACUUCUGCUGCUUUAGUAGCUGCUACACCUACUACAUCAGUUUUUGCCGCUGCAGUAGCAGCUACUCCUGAUACUACUUCUAAUAAUGAUAUUUCAAAUUCAGCCGUUGCUGUAGUCACUGCAGCUACCACUACAACUUCUAAUACUAUUUGUGAUCCAACUUCAAUUGACACUGGUACUAUCAUCCCUGCCACUGCCUCGUCUUCUGUUACUCUAUCUAAGAAAGCUUCUUUCUAA